AUGCAGUUCAUGAAUAGUAGCUUGGCCAGUCUUACAAAAAAUUUGGGUGAUAACCACCCAAUAACAAGAGAAUAUUUCAAAAAUUUAAGUUAUACAGAAGAGUUUCAGGAGACAGAACUUCCUCCCAUUCAUGAAUUUUAUAGUACUCUUAAAGGUAAAAUCUCACAAGAUGAUUACAAACAUGCUCAGAAAGUAUGGAAGGAAUUCAGAUGUAAAAAUCUAGGUAAAUAUCAUAAUCUCUAUCUUAAAACUGAUGUACUUAGUCUAAUAGAUGUCUGGACAGAGUUUCAAAAAAUGUCUAUAGAAUAUUAUGAACUUAAUUCCAGUCACUAUGUUUCUGCCCUAUCACUAUCCUGA